AACACAGAACACGCCGAAAGUUCGGAAUAUUUUAAAAACCCCCGACAAUAUCAGAGUUAUUUCACUUUUACAUGUGCAGCCACAGGCAGAGGCACGCGUCCGGACGGCAAGCAGCUCCCAGUGGAGGCCAGAAAGAAGCACAAGUGCAGCAGCAGUGGAGCCCCCCCGUGCAGCCAUCGACGGAGGAACAGCAUUGUUGUUGUUGGCGUGACUGCGGCGUAUUAAAUCAGCGGCAACGACAGAGCGCGAAACAGCAACCGGAAGUGCAGCGCGAGGCGUGCAACUGGUGGCCACCGCAAUGGAGGUCUUCGCCUGGGGUGCCAACUCUCACGGCCAGCUCGGCCUUGGCUUUGAAUCGGAGCUGUGCAUGACGCCGCAGCGCCUGACCAGACACUCCUUCGCCCCCCAGCUGGUGCGCUGCAUACGCGGCGGCGGGGGGCACGUACUCGUCCUGGACACGAGCGGAAGGGUGCACGCCUGCGGCUGGAACAAUCGCGGACAACUGGGUCUGGACUCGACGGAGGAGUGCCACAACGAGUUCCAGAUGAUUCCCUCAGAGUACUUUGAGGAAGUACCCAUUGAAACGGUUAGCUGCGGCUGGGACAUCUCUGGAGGCAUAACCCUGACCAAGCGACUAUUCGUGUGGGGCUCCAACGCCUUCCAGCAGCUGGGGAUCUGCCAGCGCGGGUUCAUGGCCGUCCGUCGGCCCCUGCCCGUGCGGCUGCCCAAGGAGGAGCCCGCCCUGGCCAUCAGCUUCGGGCUGCGCCACUGCGCAGUGCUCACGCAGGACCACAAGAUCUACGUGUUCGGGCGGCUGCGCGUCAUGGACCCCCCGCCCAUCGAGCUGGACAUCACGGCCACCACCCUGCACCGCUGCAACACGAUGAAGAUCCAGGUGCACAAUCCGAACGAGCUGCGCAUCGUGGCCCUCUCCAGCGGCCAGCACCACAUGCUGCUCAAGUGCGUGGACCUGACCCAGGAGGGCGGCAGCACCAAGCGGAUUCUGUCUUUGGGCGACAACAAGUUCGGCCAGUCCAACGCCUUCCUCUUCGAGGAGGACGUGCGGCAGCUGGCCGUCGGCUGGACCCACAAUGCGGCGCUGCUCCGCAACAACGAGAUCCUCAUGUGGGGCCGCAACUGCUACGGACAGCUGGGCACGGGCUCGAUCAGCGAGCAGCAGGCGGUGCCCCAGCCACUGAGCCUCCGACUGCCCGACGGCCAGACGCCUGCUCGCGUGCACAUGGGGGCAGAGCACGGCCUGCUGCGGACCACAGCCGGCGAGAUCUACACCUGGGGCUGGAACGAGCACGGAAACUGUGGCAACAACAGUACGGAGAAUGUAUGCAGCCCUACGCCGGUGGAAAUCCCGGGACGCGUGAAGUUGGCCGGAGCUGGCUCGGGCUUCUGUUACGCCAUUUCCGAGUCGUCUGUUAAUUAAUUUUAUAAUAAAUGUUAAAAUUUCUUUAAAUUACUAAACGGAAUAUCGAAAUUGACGAAUUUGAUGUCGGAUCAUGAGCAAAAUUGUACGAAUAAUCAAACCCAAGCAGUUGGCGCUCUUUCUUCCAUCGAUAGUUGAAGAAACAUCGAUAGUAACAAUGAAGUUUUUCAACCUCCAGCAGCUUUACUUGAACUCCCCGGAAUUUUCGUUGCAAAUACUAUUUGCCAUUUUUACAGUGAAAAUA